AUGGCGCAUGAAGAGAAGCUUCCAUUGGAGUUGACCGAAGAGAUACUUUCUCGUGUGCCACCAACAUCUCUUGUUCGUUUCACAACCGUAUCGAAACAAUGGAACGCUCUCUUCCACGACAAGACGUUCAUCAAGAACCACAAGAUCACGUUUCGAUUCAUCUUAACAACCAAAUCCAAGAUUUAUUUGGUAAGCAUCGAUCCAAAGAUAGAGGUGUGUGAGUUAACCUUAGAUAUCCCCGGUUUAGAAAUAUCCAACAUACCUAAAAUCUUGGUUGAUUGCGAUAAGUUAUUGGUUUGCGGCAUGGAGAGAGGAGCUGUGGUUUGGAACCCAUGCUUGAGACAGAGUAGAUGGAUCGAGCAAGGCUCGAACCAAACUCAACUUGAGUCCCUUGGCGUAGGAUACAACAGUAGUGGGAGUUACAAGAUAGUUGCUGGUUGUCGUCGGAAGGAAGGAAAUUACAGCAACGAGGCCGAUCACGUGUACAGCGUAUAUAAAUUCGAUUACUCGAAAGAACAUUUCUUCAGAUUCUGUUAUCUACCAUGCGGAACGACGGACCAUUUUAUGGAUGCUCUUGUCCUUGGAGCUUUUGAGGGAGAUCGUUUUUCAUUGUUAAAGCAAUGCCAUGCAACAAAAAAGAUUGAGGUAUGGGUGAGUAAGUACAAGAUUAAUAAUAGUUUGAAUAGUGAAGGUGUGGAAUGGAUAAUGUUUAUGAAAGUGUCAAGUCCUAACUUGCCCGAUUUAGUAGACAUUAACUACACUCAGCCAAGCUACUUCAUCGAAGAUAAAAGACUCCUCGUAUGCUCUUGCGAUGAAGCUGGUCGGGCUUGGAUCUAUGUUUUCGGGGAAAAUAGUUUGAUCAGUAAAACUCAUAUAGAUUAUGUUGUUGAUCACUGGCCUUCGCACUGUACAUUUAUUCCCAGUUUGGUAUCUGUUCCGGUCAAGGUCAAUGAGAAGAACUAG